UCUCAAGCAUGAUGGGAGUGCAGGCUACUAAACAGAUUCCAAAGGCAGUUCCUGUUUUCUCAGGUGAUUGUUCAUAGAGAAGGAUAUAUCUUGGCAGUUUGGGCACUUAACGCAAGACGAUGGAGCAGAAUUUAUGGGUUCUUCUGUUAUUCCUUUCUUUUUUCACUUUAUCAUAUGGCUUUGCAAGCCAGGCAUGUAAAGACCUCUCUGUUAAACUCAAUGUGAUCCUUUUAAAUGACAGUGAAUCUGAAUGGAACUUGAAAAAAACAAAGCCAUUUAUCGAAAAAGCUUUGAUAGUAGUGGAGGAGGAUCUACAAAAUCACGGAUUCAAUAUCUCACUAGAAGCUUCAUAUCAUGGGUUUGACCCCCUCAUCUAUACAAAUAAAGGCUGCGCUGCAAGCACAUGCGAAGGAGUAGAAAUACUAAAAAGCUUAUUUGUGAGUAUGUUGUUUUUCAAUAAAGAUGGAUGCUUCACUGCUAAAUGUAGUUGUGACUAUGUGUUAAAAAUUGAACAAGAACACGUCAUUUUUUGUCAGCUUUGUUACUGA